AUGGAAAAUACAGAUAACUUUAGGCCAACCCACAUCCUGCACAUUACCCCUCCGCCGAUGCUCCCUUCCCUAAAGUCAUGCGCUGCCUAUGAUCUUACACCACACAUUACUGCCCCCCUUACAGACACAAAGAACUUCAAACAGGAGGUCGACGCUUCCCGCAAGACCGUGCUGGCCACUAGCCCCCCGUUCUUGGCAUGCACAAAAUCCACCCGGUUCUCCAGCACAUCCCUGGUGUCCACGCCGGCGGGGGCGAACAUCCUGGAGAUCUAUGCGUCGAUCUGGGAGACCCAUCGUGCGACGGUCAAGUGGGUUGACGGGAUCACGCACCCGGAGGUGGCCGUCAAGCAGGAGGCGAUCCUGAGCAGGACGAUGAGCUUUGUGUACAAUAGCAGGAUGUACAAGUGGAAGUGGGACUUGCUGGCCCCGACAAAGUUGGUGAUUGAGGACGCCGAGGGGAAUGAGGUACUGACGGUGGCGAGAUAUGUCUUGAGGGGCACGUGGUUGAUGGGGGGAGUGUUGGCGGUGGAUGGGGGAGCUGGGGUAGACAUCGCCUUGGUGUUUGCGACGUUGGUGAUAUGUUUGAAGAAGGAAAGGGACAGAAGGGCGAGGAGGGGAGGGAGCUAG